UCAUCAGUCACCAUCCAAGCAUCAACCAGCGUGGUACAACAGUAAAUCAACAGCAAAUCAACAAUGAACAAGAUCAUCGCAGCAUUGGUCCUCUUCACCGCCGUCAUCGGUGCCCUGGCUGACUAUCCAGCCCCACCUCCACCACCACCGAAGCCAUACCACGCCCCUCCCCCACCACCGUACCACGCCCCACCCCACCAUGCUCCGGCCCCACUCCACCCCGUUGUCCACACAUACCCGGUCAAGGCCCCUGCUGCCAAGUGCGGUGCUAACCUUCUGGUAGGAUGCGCUCCAAGCGUUGCCCACGUGCCAUGCGUCCCGGUGCACCCACACCCACCACCACCAGCCCACUACUAAGCGGUGACCAGACCACCCAACCCGAUGACGGCGGACAAGGCCUCGGAACCAGGACCAAGGAACGGUACAACGAUGCGGCACAGUUGAUGCGGAAUAGUAUUAAACAAAUUGUUUUAUGUUUCUUUUUAUUUGGAGGAUUUGGAUUGAAUGUUGUGAGUGCGAAGGAGAAUAAAUUGUUAGUUUUUCUAUAAAA